UUGUCAAUUUGAUGUCUCCUUUCAAACCGUCAAAAAAGAUAUUCUUAAUCAUUACGUUGUGCCUAGAAGUACGAUAAAUUGAGAAAUUAGACAAUUUGGUGGAGUACUUUACCAAUAAGAAAGAAAACAACGGACCUUCAAUAACUUGGGCAUAAACGAGUUUUGGAUGCUUUAAAAAUCAAUAUUCACAGUAUCACACAUAUAAAAUAGGGACGAAACAGUAAUAAAAGUGCUAGAACAAUCGCACAUUGUACCGAAGUUAAAAUUUAAUGAUGUAACUGAUACUGUAAAAGGAGAAUGGGUAUCAACAUGUCUCUGAAAAUUAAUUUCCUUCAUUCGCACCUCGAUUUCUUUCCUGAAAACCUCGGAGAAGUCAGCGACGAACAUGGAGAGCGUUUUCAUCAGGAUUUGAAAUUUUUUGAACAAAAUUAUCAAGGAUACUGGAACCAAGCCAUGUAAGGUGAUUAUUGCUGGUCUGUUAUAAGAGACACAGAUACAAAUAAAUACAAGAAAAAAGCUAAG